CAAUGGCAAUUUAGUAGUCUUGGGGUGUUAUUCUUCAAGGCAAGUUUUAUUAUUGGUAAAAUGGCGAUAGGACUCAAAUCGUUAAGAACUACAGCGGAAAACUUGUGUGUUAUUAUCAAAGUGAAAGAACAGAUCUCGAAUAAUUUAAAAAGUGAUUGAAUAGUUUUCAUUUGUGAGCCGGACUUCAUAUAAACAUGGAAAGUCUCGUUAAAAAAGGUGUGCUAGUUCAAGAGAACCAAAUACAGACGGAAAUUGCUACAGAUGUUGAGGCGAAUGCCCUUGCCGGGAACACUAGUGCUGCUUCACCCAAUAAAAAAUCUUCUGAGCAACAACCACCGCAAAAGGCGAAACGUAAACACCGUCGAGGCAAACCAAAGGCCAAAAAUGCAAAUAAACUGUACAAAAAGUCAAAUUGGAAAUUUCAAGUACCAAGACCUAAUUUUAAUGGUAGCGGAGGAGGAGGAGGCGGUGGUGGGCACAAUAGGAAUGGAGCACGCCCUAAAAUACUUCGAUCACGUUCACUGGUGCCAUACAACACGAAUAAGUUCCUAAUGGAAGAACAUUUGGCUGAAGUGCCCAGUGCAUUGCUUACACCCUCGGGCCGUACUCGCGACUCCAGCUUUUCUAUUGAUUCAGAAGAUAAUUAUUUCUUCUCGUUACCGGAAGAUGAGGAGGAAUUUCUUACAAAAGAAUUCGCCAAUGUGUACGAAAAGGCGCGGGUUGAACGUUUGGAAAACUUGACUAAACAACAACUAAUCGAAGAAUGUCUACAAAUUGAGGACCGAUAUUCGUCAGAUCAAGGAAGGCAGCAGCAACUGAAUGUGCAGCGUAUUAGCUCAGAGUUUAUGUCGAAGAUACGUAUUUUGGAGGAAAAAGUGCGUGAACUAUCGCGCGAAAAUUAUAAUUUACGUUGCCAAUUAAUGCGUUCGGCAGCAAUGGCUGUUGCUGCUGCAGCGGCUGCUUCUCCUCCCUCGGCUGCGCCUCCAACGGGUGCUGCCUGUGAACCCACGCCGAUGGACUCUUCGAGUGUGGAUAGCGAAAGCGACAGCUCCAGUUCAUCUUCGUCCUCAUCUUCAUCCAAUCACAGUGCGUCGGGAAAACGUGCUAAUAAUGCACGCCAACGGCGACAGCAUCGAAGCUGCUCUUCCCGUAGUUCCCUCAGCGAUUAUCAAGCUUUUAAUGAGAACGAUCAAAUGGAAAGUGCUGAAGAAAAUGACAUUGAGUCAGAAGAUGCAAUCAAUCGAGAUUUAGGGGACAGGAUUGAAAAUAACUCCACGGCCGUACCGGUUGAAUUUAACUGCGAAGAUAGGCAGACCUUUGAGUUGAACCCAUACGAAGAACGAAAUUCGAGUGCAAAUAAUAUAAAUCUGGUUAACGAUGCAGCAAUGGAUGAAGAGUUUCCCUUAUUUUCUCCAAUUUUGGGUGGCGCUGAAUCCUCGUCAUCACCAGAAGUCGAUUUACAAAAGGAUGUUGGAGUAAUCGCAGAUAAGAAUGUAUCGCAAAUAACCGAGAGCGGAGAAGGAAAUCGGAACUGAGUAAAAGAUAGAGUUGCGUCUAGCUAUAAUUUUAACUUUUCACCUACAUUGUGCCACUCUUAUGUGCGGUCAUUCAUUCUGUUACAAAUUUUAAGCUUAACAUUUAUUCCCAGUCAAGGAUAAAGAUACAUACAUAUGUGCAUACAUACAAACAUAAAACUAAAGUGAAACGAAAAGUUAGUAAACUUAUGUUUUCUUAUAACUCUAAAAAAUUAACAUAAUAAAACUGCUAAUAUAAUCCCUUUCUAAAGCUAGAAAUUUUACAACUAAAAGGGUGCAACCCAAAUGCUUUUCGAAUUCAUUAAUUGCAAUCAAUUUCUUCUCGGCUGGAUACUUAUUUUGCCGUGUAUCUUAUCAGAACUCGAUACAUAUUUUCUAGGCAUCAAAUAGGAAACGAUUUGCAGGCUCCAACAUCAAAUAACCAGUCAUUUAUGACUUGCAUUAUUGCAUAUCUGAGUAUAUUU